AUGAGAUCUCUGCCAGGCAGUAAGAAGUCUGCAUUUCAUCCACUUGAGUCAUCCCCGUCUGCUAUCACCCAGACUCCCCAGCUCUCUUCCCCCUCCUCAGCUAAACCCAUCCUCCGACCUCCGGUGCUUGAAAUAGAAUGUGUUUCAGUAGCCUCUCCAUCCCGCCCAAGUAGUCCAUGUCGGGCGUCAUUGGGUUCCCAAAGCUCUCUGAACGCUUUAUCUUCACCCAAACUACCUGGCAGGUCAUGGUACACAGACUUCCAUGUCAAGUGGGACCAGAUGCCAGCAGCAAUCCGAACAGCAGUGGACAAUCAAACAAGACCAUCACCAGGGGACAGACAAGCUAUGGUGAAGGCAGUGGUGGACCAGAUGCUUCAGCAUGAUCAGAACCCAACCAGAGCAACAUGUCACAGCAUUGUCCGGGGCAUUGUAAGGGAUUAUCCCAAAAGUUUUGCUGAUGUUGGUAGAAACGGAGACAUUCUUGGAGAUGGCUGUCACUCUCUUCUUCAGCAGAUUAAAACGAGAGUGGAAUAUAAAAAUAGAAACAAUACUCUUGCACAGCGACGCAGAAAGAAAAGGCCCACCACUAGGGUGGCUGAGGAAACCGGAGUGAUGGCAAGAGGCCCUGUGGAUCGGUACGGAUGUGUGAGGUGGUGUCCUGCAGAACUUCCUGCUGGUGAGACCGAGGCAACCUUAGAUGAAAUGAAAAGGCAGCUGCACAACAUCUACUCAGAGGAAGGGAUGGGCGGGGCAGGGAGAGCUGAAGCUUUGAUUGAGAAGACAUACGUCAUCCAGCGGCGGUACCUCAACAGUUUGCUCGCACCUGCCAUUUCAGACAUUAAGGAAGAAUGGCCUUUUCUUUUCUCUCAGAGAGGCCUUUACUCCCACUUUAGUCUGCUGACAGAUAUCCCCAUCCUUAUUAAGUUGCAAGAGGCCCUAAAAAAUAGAGGCAGUACACUUAUUCGGUUCUGCCAGGAACUCAAACGCCAUCCAGAGAUUGAGGACAUCCUGAAUAAUUUCGAGCCAGAGGCUUCAGACAAGGCUGCAUGUAUCCUCCUGCUCCUGUUGGCGUACUUUAAGGAGCCCAAGAGUGCCAUCGUGCUUGAGACGGAUUUAAUUUUACAGCCGUGUGCCACAGCCGCUGAUGUGCAGAGAACAGUGAUGCUACCGAGCACCCCCUGCUUGAUUAUCCAAGGUGACCUGAUGAAGCCAAAGACUUGGAUGCUAUCCACUGAAGGACAAGUGGUGAUGGGGCCAGACGACAGCUUCAUCAAUGGGAUAGCAGCCGUUUUUGCAAGCUAUUACAACUUUAAUCUGCAGUAUCCUGAGGACGGCUCAUGUACUCUGGAGUUUAUUCAAAGGUGCUUCUUGGGUAUUAACCCUGAGGUGGGCUCCGAAUCGAAGAAGAAACAGUUGGGAGGCAUCAACCCACAUGUGAGCACACUCAUGAGAAAACUUGUGGACUUUGAAUGGAUGUCGAUGUAGAUAUAAAGGAUUAAAGUAUAGGGACACCUGGCCAUUACACCAACAGGGACUUUAACAUUCAGGGGCAUUGCAUUCUAAAGACAUGCAUUACAUUACUGAUGGCAAGCUCUAUAUCUCUCUCUCUCUAUGUAUAUAUAUCUCUGUCUAUAUACCUCUUUCUCUCUA